AUGCCGUUCGGCGUGAUUUCGUACGGCGAGGGGGCGUUAUUGUUUACUUGCGUUUUGAAUGCGUUGGCGAUCGAAUUGUACGCCUUCACAAGGUUCGCAAGGCCGGCGGACAAUGGGCAAAUCGCGAGGGAGUAUUUGGCAGUGGCGGCGAUACUGCGAGCGAAACGGCUGGAGUCUUCGGGGCACGUAUCCGACACUCUGCAACGAGGAUACCACAGCCACGAUACCGAAGCCUGUACCGUCCUCUACAGGGACGGCCAGGGUGUAGACACCUCUAUUCCCACCCGCUUCGCUCGCAGUAUCGCCGCUGCCAAAUACUCCCUCGCGAUUUGCCCAUCGUCCGCCGGCCUUGCGAACCUUGUGAAGGCGUACAAUUCGAUCGCCAACGCAUUCAAAGCGCAAGUAAACAAUAACGCCCCCUCGCCGUACGAAAUCACGCCGAACGGCAUUGGUUUCUACAAUACCAAACUGGAAUUCCGCUCAAAAGUCUUCAUGUUUGCUAACCGUAAAAAUGACGCGAGUUUACGGCUGUAUACUCUUCCAUUAUACUCGCUGACCUGGUGUUACCACCAGUACACUGGCGAAAACUUCCCCUGCGACUCCGACCUCGAAGAACCAGUGGUCACCGCCAUGCUCAAGGGCACCGCCUACCGUCGUCGGCCCUGGCCCAGGGUUGUCGUCCGUGGCCCCAGCGUCGACCCGGAAUCAUCAGACGCAGAGGCAAUUUUUGAAGCUGGGUUCCACUCUCUCGUAUACCUGCCAGACGACGUGGUCCUCUCCGUAGCCUUCAACGUUGAAGGCUACGUCAUGGACGGCAAGCGUGCAGGUCUCGAGUGGACGCCUUCGACAAUAAUUGUCCACGGAAGGGUCUCUGCCGGUAACACGACCGAAUCCUCACCUGCGAAAAGACCUCGGCAGGAUGCCCUUUCUUCAAAUGUUUUGCUCGGGAAAUCGCCCGUCAAGAAAACAAAGAGUUCUUCCAUGCCAUCUGAAUCACCCGUCGCUUCGAACUCUUCCUCCGCCGCUUCAAACUCUUACGCCGGCCCUUCGAGCUCUUCCACCGCCCCUUCCUCUUCCGCGGUCACCUCGAGCGACGUUUUCGGUGGGACUGAGCCGUUGAGGAAGAGCAGCCGCUCGAGAAAAGGGAAAGAGAGAGAAGAUGAUGAUUAUGAAGGUUGA